AUGAAGCAUUCCACACUAAUUUGGCCCGGUGGCGAUUCUGCUGUGGGUAUGACUAUCCAUUCAUUCUACUUUGUUAUCAUUUUCAUUGGAUUGGUCCUCAACAUUUAUGUGGUUUUCCGGAUGCGUAAAUUCUGCAGAACAGAUAAGGAUCAAUUUUUAAACGGAACAGGACUAUAUCUAAUGUCUAUGGCAUGUUGUGACGCGGUCAAUCUAGUUUUAUCCAGUGUGGAAAUGGUCACAUACCUUUUACCAGUGGCCGCCAGCGAAGAAACUGCUCAUAUUUUGUGUAAGGUCCUAGAAUUCACUGUCCGAUGCUGCUACACCUAUAGUAUGUAUUGCUGGCUGUUCAUGUCUGGCCUACGGUAUCUGGCUGUAUUCCAAGCCAUCCAUUAUACUACAGUGUGGAGGAGCCCAUGGCACAUGGUCAUUCCUUGCUUCAUUGUUGCGCUCAUUACCAAUAUGUAUCUUUUGGUGGCAGUAAAGCAGGAUAACUACAGAUGUGCUUUGACAGUUGAUGACUACUCAUCCUUGUACAGUAGCGUUGAUGUAUUCAUCUCCACGUUGGUUCCAGUAUCCUUCGUUCUUGCGUUGGACCUUCUUGUCCUAUGUUUCCGUCCAACACGCCAACAAACCGAUCCUCUUCUUCAAGUCGUCUUCCAUAAACUUGACGAGGAUACUGAGAAGAAACGACAACAAACAACACGAAAGUUCAUGUUUGUCACUUUUCUCGCUAUCGGCAUGUCGGCUCCCGAUGGAAUCCUCCGAGCCGUCCGUCUUUAUUUCGAUGGGGAUGUGGUGUUCACGUUGUUUCAAAUCUUCAAAGGAUUAUAUUUGAUACGGUUCACCUUCAACGCCUUCUAUCUAACCCUAUUUGUUUUCGACCGGAACCUUCUUUCGAAAGUUUCCUCAUCCCGUCAUUUGUCUGUGUCCAUGCGCCGUCUCGAAGAGGAACCCGCAAUUGUGCCACGUGAGCGCAGCCGAACCCUUUCCUGUCAACGGCCACCAUUGGUUACCCAGCUAACCAGAAACGCCUCAUGCAUUAUUUAUAAUGAAAAUAAAGACGGAAAAGAGAAGGAUAACGAGAGAUCAACAUCCUUGUGGGUGUGA